AUGGGCAAAAGAGGAGGCAAGCGAGGCGGAAAGGGCGGGCGAGGAGGUAGGGGCGGAGGCGGAGGAGGAGGAGGGGGUCGACACAGGGAUGGUGGAGAGGAUGGCAAGACCUGGACCCAGUAUGACCCUGUCGAUAUGGUCAACGAGAAGUUCGAGCAGUACUACAAGGCUCAAAACAUCCUUACGGAGGCCGAAUGGCCGGACUUUAUGGAGCAGUUGAAGCACGAGCUGCCUACUACGUUCCGAGUGACUGGGUCAAGGGAGCACGCUGAGACCAUCGCCGAUCUGAUCAGAAAAGAGCACGUCCCAAACAUGCAAAAUGUCGAGCACGAGGGCGUGACAUACGGCCCUCCCGAGCAGAUCUCAUGGUACCCGUCCCAACUGGCUUGGCAGGUCUCUGCGCCUAAGCGGAUCAUCCGGAAAUCGCCCCCGUUCAAGAAGUUCCAGAGGUUCCUUGUCAGCGAGACUGAGGUAGGCAACUUGAGCCGGCAAGAAGCUGUCUCCAUGAUUCCUCCUUUGCUCCUGGACAUCGAGCCUCAUCACAUCUGUCUGGACAUGUGUGCUGCGCCCGGGUCCAAGACCGCCCAAAUGAUCGAAGCCCUCAACCCCCACCACACCUCAUCAAGCGGUCUCCUGAUCGCCAAUGACUCUGACUACAAGCGAUGUCACAUGCUUGUCCACCAGACUGGUCGCAUGCCGAGCAAGGGUCUGAUGGUGACGAACUACGAUGCUUCUAUCUUCCCCAAGAUCAAAUUGGGCAAGACCGAGGCUUUGCAGUUUGACCGGAUCCUCGCGGAUGUCCCAUGUAGCGGGGAUGGAACGAUGAGGAAGAAUGUCGAGAUCUGGAAGAAGUGGUCGACGAGUGAUGGAAAUGGGCUGCAUUCAUUACAACUGCGUAUCCUGAACAGGGCGAUGGACAUCCUCAAGCCUGGCGGAAGGAUGGUAUACUCUACCUGCUCGUUCAACCCUAUCGAGAAUGAGGCAGUCGUAGCUGCCGCUCUGAACGGGCGCAAGGGCUUCAGAAUAGUCGAUGCCUCCUCUUCGGUCCCCGACCUGAAACAUCGCCCCGGACUGUCCAGCUGGAAAGUCGCCAGUCAGCCGUACGGUCAAUCAUCGACUGGUGAAAUCGCGUUCUUUGAGUCUCACGAGGCCGCCGAGAAGAUGAGGGCGGAAGGCGGCGGUGAUAAGGAAACAUGGAGGGAGUUGGCGCCUUCUUUCUGGCCGCCAGCGAACGCUGCCGAGUUAGGCCUUGAGAAAUGUAUGCGACUUCUGCCUCACGACCAAAAUACCGGCGGCUUCUUCGUCUGUGUGCUCGAAAAAGUCAUUUACGGUACCGAUGCGGAGAAGUCGAACGCCGGCAAACGGGCUGCAUCGCCCUCUACGCCCGAAGGCGGCCGAGAGGUGAAGAAGGUGAAGGCGGAGGAGACCGAGGCUGUUCCGGAAGCGGAUGAGGAGGCGGACGAGCCAGCAGAUGCGGAGGGUGAGAAGGCUGCGGAAGGAGCGGGGAAGAAAGAGAAGAAGGACUGGUCUUACCGAGAAGACCCAUUUUCUUACGUCGACCCGUCCAGCCCUGAGCUACAGAGCAUCUUCGACUGGUUCAAGAUGGAGGACAGCUUCCCUCGGGAUCAGAUGCUUGUGCGGAAUGACCGAGGGGAGGCUUUGCGGGUCAUAUAUCUUACCAACGCUUUGCUCAAGCAAGUCAUCGAGAACAACAGCCCCCAGCGCCUCCGGAUAAUCUCUGCCGGCGUCAAAGCCUUUGUCCGCCAAGACUCUCAGAACCGCCAGGACAUUGGCUGCAAAUGGCGCAUCCCGGCCGACGGUCUUGCCGAGGUCCUGCCACAUGUCGGCGAAGGGGUCGUCAGGGACAUGGGCGAGUCGGGUAUGCCGGCACUGCGGAUACUGGUCGAGCACCCGUACCCUGUAGUGAGCCACUUUGCGCGGGAGGUACAGGAGUGGGCGGACCCGGCGCCGUUGGGGAACCUCUUGCUUCGGUUCCCGGCUGCGAAUGGCGCGGGCGGAUAUCUUCCUCUGCCUUUGGUUCUUCCUCUCUGGAAAGCCAAGACGAGCUUGAGCUUGCUGAUUGACAAGCGUGAGAAGAGUUCGCUCUCCCUCCGUACGUUCGGUGAAGAUAUCGUCCGGGCUCCUCUCAAUGAGGACCAGAAGCUUGCCAAGAAGACAGCAAAUGCGCCUGAGGCUCUGGAUGAGGAGGAGACCGCCGGUAUGGAAGAUGAGAGGCCGGUGGUAGAGGCACUCGGGGAUGAGGAGGAGAUGGCGAACGCGCCCGCGCUGGGUGCGGCGGAGGAGGCUGCUAUGGCACAGGACUAG